AUGUCUGCAAAGGCCGUUCGUGAGUACGACGGAAAGCUGUUGUUGGCACAUUGGUUGCUUCGCACACCCAUCCCUGCCACCAGCGUCUCCACCACCGGAUCCAAGUUUGUCCAACCUGCCACUCGUCUGGCCCAUGUCAAGAUCGACACUACACUCCUCAACACCGAGCCCACUGUCUUUGGCCAACAUGUCCAGACCUUGCUCGACCAUUUGGAGCAGACCCACCCUUGGUUGUUGACCAGCAAGUUGGUCGCCAAGCCCGAUCAAUUGAUCAAGCGUCGUGGAAAGAGCGGUCUGUUGUUGCUCAAUGCCGAUUGGGCACAGGUCAGGACCUGGAUCGCCGCACAUGCCGGCAAGGACGUCGUCGUCGACUCUGUCGCUGGUGUUCUCAAGACCUUCUUGGUCGAACCCUUCAUCCCUCACCCCGCCAACACCGAAUACUACAUCUGCAUCAACUCAGAUCGUGAUGGCGAUAACAUUCUCUUCACACACGAGGGAGGAAUCGAGGUGGGCGAUGUCGAUGCCAAGGCAUUGAAGCUCCAGGUCAAGGUUACCGACACCUUCCCUACCCCCACCGCCAUCCAGUCGACCCUCUUGACCCACGUCCCAGCUGUCAAGCACGAUGUCUUGAUCGACUUUAUUACUCGCCUCUAUGCCGUCUACAUUGACCUCCACUUCACCUACCUCGAGAUCAACCCCUUGGUCGUCUUGGACCCUACUCCUGAGCACCCCGCCCAGGUCUACUACUUGGAUUUGGCUGCCAAGGUCGAUCAGACUGCUGAGUUCGAGGCCGGUCCCAAGUGGGCUUUCGCCAGAGCUCCCCAGAACAUUGGACUCGUCACCGCUGUAUCCUCCCAGGGUGUUGAUGCUGGCCCACCAUUGGAUUUCCCUGCUCCCUUCGGUCGUGAGUUGACCAAGGAGGAGGCAUAUGUUCAGGAGCUGGAUUCCAAGACCGGAGCGUCCCUCAAGUUGACCAUUUUGAACAAGGAUGGACGUAUCUGGACCAUGGUUGCCGGAGGCGGAGCCUCUGUCGUCUACAGUGAUGCCAUUGCUGCAUUGGGACAGGCGAAUGAGUUGGCUAACUACGGAGAGUACUCAGGAGCACCUACAGAAACUCAGACCUACGAAUACGCCAAGACCAUUCUCGACUUGAUGACCCGUUCGAGUGUGGUCCACCCUCUCGGCAAGGUCUUGAUCAUUGGAGGAGGUAUCGCCAACUUUACCAACGUCGCCUCGACUUUCAAGGGUAUUGUUCGUGCCUUGACCGAGUUCAAGCAGCCAUUGAUCUCCCACAAGGUCCGCAUCUUUGUCCGUCGCGGUGGUCCCAACUACCAGGAAGGUCUUCGCUCGAUGCGCCAGCUCGGCGAGACUUUGGGCGUCGAGAUCCAGGUCUUUGGUCCCGAGACCCACAUCACCGAGAUUGUUCCUCUGGCCUUAACCGGAAAGACUUCGGGAUUGGAUCAGACUGGAGCUGCUACCCCCUUGUCCUCCGGUAACUUGCUUCAAGAUCAGCUCUUGGGCAAUAACACCCCCUUGAACCCCGGCUCGCGUGCAUCUUCGCCACCCCCAUUGGAGGAUAGGAUGACCUAUUUCCAGGAGCAGAACACGGAUGCUGCCGAGAGUGGUCACGACGAGAACACGCCUUUCACCGCCCACACUCGCUCGUUCAUCUACGGAAUGCAGCCCCGUGCUGUCCAGGGUAUGCUCGACUUUGACUUUAUCUGCAAGCGUGAGGUCCCCUCGGUCGCUGCUAUGGUUUAUCCCUUUGGAGGUGCUCACGUCCAAAAGUUCUACUGGGGCACCAAGGAGACAUUGUUGCCCGUGUUCACCUCGUUGGAUGAGGCUAUUGCCAAGUUCCCCGAGGUCGACACUGUUGUCAACUUUGCCUCGUGCCGCUCGGUUUACGACUCGACCCGGGAGAUCUUCAAGCACUCGAAGCAGAUCCGCACCAUUUCAAUCAUUGCCGAGGGUGUCCCAGAGCGUCGUGCCCGCCAGAUCCUGUGGGAGGCCAGGGAGCGCAAUGUUUUGGUGAUUGGACCAGCCACUGUCGGAGGCAUCAAGCCUGGAUGCUUCAAGAUUGGAAACACUGGAGGAAUGAUGGACAACAUCGUGUCGUCCAAGUUGUACCGUCCUGGCUCGGUCGCCUAUGUGUCCAAGUCUGGAGGGAUGUCGAACGAGUUGAACAACAUCAUCUCGCGCACGACCGACGGUGUCUACGAGGGAGUUGCCAUUGGAGGAGAUCGUUACCCUGGAUCGACCUUUAUUGAUCAUAUGCUCCGCUACGAGAAGGAUCCCGGAUGCAAGAUGCUGGUCCUUUUGGGAGAGGUCGGAGGUGUGGAGGAGUACCGUGUCUGCGAGGCGAUCAAGAACGGAACCAUCCGCAAGCCCGUCAUUGCUUGGUGCAUUGGUACCUGCGCCAAGAUGUUUGCGACCGAGGUUCAGUUUGGACAUGCCGGAGCUUUGGCCCAAUCUGACUUGGAGACGGCCGAUGCCAAGAACCGUGCCCUCCGCGCUGCCGGCGUUAUUGUUCCCGAGACGUUCGAGAAGCUGCCCUUGAUCUUGAGCCAGACCUACCAGCAGUUGGUCAAGAAGGGUGUCAUCACUGUCCGCUCUGAGCCCGAGACGCCCAAGAUUCCCAUCGAUUACUCGUGGGCCCAGGAGUUGGGACUUGUCCGCAAGCCUGCCUCGUUCGUGUCGACCAUUUGCGAUGAUCGUGGACAGGAGCUGUUGUAUGCCGGCAUGAGGAUCUCGGAUGUGUUCAAGGAGGACAUCGGUAUCGGAGGAGUUCUUUCGCUCCUUUGGUUCAAGCGCCGUCUUCCCGAUUAUGCCUGCAAGUUCAUCGAGAUGGUCCUUAUGUUGACUGCCGACCACGGUCCUGCCGUUUCUGGAGCUCACAACACCAUUGUCACUGCUCGCGCUGGCAAGGACCUUGUCUCGUCCCUGUGCGCUGGUCUGUUGACGAUCGGAGACCGAUUCGGAGGAGCUCUUGAUGGAGCUGCUGAGCAGUUCUCGUCUGCGUAUGACAAGUCGUUGUCGCCCCGCGAGUUUGUGUCGUCGAUGAGGAAGCAGAACAAGUUGAUUCUGGGUAUUGGCCACAAGAUCAAGUCGCGGACCAACCCCGAUCUCCGUGUGGAGAUUAUCAAGGACUACGCCAAGGCUCACUUUCCUGCCACGCCAGUGCUGGACUAUGCAUUGGCGGUCGAGACUAUCACGACGUCAAAGAAAGACAACUUGAUCCUGAACGUUGACGGAGCGAUUGGUAUCCUGUUUGUGGACCUGUUGAGGAACUCGGGCGCAUUCACAAGAGAGGAGGCCGAGGAGUAUAUCAAGAUUGGAACGUUGAACGGACUGUUUGUGUUGGGCAGGACGAUUGGAUUCAUUGGACAUUUCUUGGACCAGAAGAGGCUCAAGCAGGGAUUGUACAGACAUCCUUGGGAUGAUAUCUCGUACUUGAGCCCUGGCAAUGAGUUGGGAAGGACUGUUGCCUCCUUGGACUCUAUUAAUAAGAAAGCUGCUUAA